GCCCUGACUCCCCACCGCCGCUCACACAAGCCACACUCCCCGCGACCGCCGCCGCCCUCCGGUCCUCCGAGCCCGCCUCUCCCCGAUUCGCCCUACUCCCAUCUCUCCAUGCCGCCCACCCCGACGUCCGCUACGAAUUAUUCAUAUCGGAAUGGCACGUCUACGUAUCAGGAGCAGCCUGGCUCGGGGUAUACCUUAUGUCCACACGACGCCUUCUCCCCCGACACAGUACUACGAGGUCGCUUCUUCAGGAGGCGUCAUCCCGGCAUUCUAUAUCCCAUAUCUCCCCUCCCUCGCCAGAGAGCAAUAGUUCUGGCCCGCCGACGCCUGCGUCCUAUGCUGCGGUGUAUGACCAGGCGGAGUACCGGUACGAGAGCCCACCGCCGGUGUUGGCUCCCAUACAGGGCGGGCGGAGAGAUUCCCUGGGUGUGGCAGAGAGGCACUAUAUCCAUCAGCCCCAGCCGUAUUACCAGCAGGACUGUGAGUCUAGGUCACGGGGCGUGGAAAGGCGGCUUGAAAGGCGGUUUGGUCCAACAAACAUAGAAAGCGGUGGAGUAAGUUAUAUGACCUUUUCCCCUCUCUCUCUGUCUUGUUGUUGCUGCAGUCUAUACAUGUAUCAACACCCUCACCAUCGACAUGCUCAGCUUUCUUACUAUCCUCUCGUCGUCUAUCUACUACUUACGGGUCCCUGUCUAUAUAGUUGUGUAAUUGUACAGUGUGGUAUGUGGUAUAUUAGUAACGGUUCGAAUAACCGAUUUGCAUAUUCCUCCGCGAGCGUCCUGAAACCUGUCAUAGUAUGACAUUCCCUCCCCUCCGCCUAACCGCCCAGCCGUGCCUGGUCGUUCCAAAACGGUCAGCGCAUUUAAAUUAUCCACCACGCCACGCCCUUGCCCCUAAGAUACUACAUAACUCUCCACUACUAAUCUGUUGCAAUUUCAACCUUCUCUCUCUCCUCAUGUCCUAUUCUAAUUGGCUUUCGGAUUACCCGCGAAUGGCCUUCCGCUUCUUUUCAUCAAUUGUGGGUAAAACCCAUGAUGUGACGGCGAGGUUCUAGGUCGUGGUGAUAUCUACU